AUGAGGGCGGAGCCGGGGAAGCACGGCAGUGAUUUCCGCCGGCGCCGUAAGCUCACCGACAUCCAGAAAGCACUGAGCAAGGACCCUCCCGAUGUCUCCACCCUGCGGAGGAUGGCAAUCAGCGAAGGAGGGCUGCUAUCUGACGAAAUCCGUUGUCAAGUCUGGCCCAGACUCCUCAACGUCAAUACCGACGAGCUGCCCCCUCCCCCAGGGCCUGAGCUGCGGGUCAACAAUAAAGAUUACGAACAAGUCUUGCUGGAUGUUAGGCGCUCACUGCGAAGAUUCCCUCCAGGAAUGCCUUUAAAGGAACGGGAAGAUUUGCAGGAGCAACUGAUUGACAUCAUCCUACAGGUUUUGGCUCGAAAUUCCCAGCUGCACUAUUACCAGGGAUAUCACGACAUUGUUGUCACUUUCCUGCUGGUGGUGGGUGGGCCGCUGGCCACUCUGCUGGUGGAUAAACUGUCCACACAUCACCUAAGGGACUUCAUGGAUCCCAGUAUGGAUAACACCAAACACAUUCUCAAUUACCUGAUGCCUAUUAUAGAACUGGUGAACCCAGUGCUGCACGACUUCAUGCAAAGGGCGGAGGUGGGCACCAUAUUUGCCUUGAGCUGGCUCAUCACCUGGUUUGGGCACGUCCUAUCAGAUUUCAGGCAUGUGGUGAGGUUGUAUGACUUCUUCCUGGCCUGUCACCCGCUCAUGCCCAUCUACUUUGCUGCUGUGAUUGUGCUGCACAGAGAGGAAGAGGUACUAGAGUGUGACUGUGACAUGGCCUCCGUACACCAUCUGUUGUCACAAAUCCCACAAGAUCUGCCCUAUGAGACUCUCAUCAGCAGAGCGGGCGACCUCUUUGUUCAGUUUCCACCUUCUGAGCUGUCUAGGGAAGCUGCCCAGCAGCACCAGGCUGAAAGGACGGCAGUCUCCACCUUUAAAGACUUUGAGCUGGCAUCCACACAACAGCGGCCAGAUAUGGUCCUUCGGCGCCGUUUCAGAGACUCUGUCCGUCCAGAGCACGCAGCCAAGUCCAUCCUUACCAAACCCCGCACUAACAGACUGGUGAAGCUGGCGGUCAUGGGACUGACGGUGGCUCUGGGGGCCGCUGCUUUAGCGGUAGUGAAGAGCGCGUUGGAGUGGGCACCCAAAUUUGAACUGCAGAUUUUCCCAUGA